GCUACACAGGCCACCAUUCAACUGGCCAAUCGCCUGGUCGGAGGACUUGCUAGUGAAAACGUUCGUUGGGCUGAAGCUGUGGCAGAAUUUAUGCAGCAAGCAACUACACUACCGGGAGACAUUUUGCUCGUAACGGCUUUCAUCUCAUACGUUGGAUGUUUCACGAAACAAUUUCGGCUUGAUAUGAUGAACAAGAUGUGGCUACCGUUCUUGCGAGCCCUUGAGCCACCAGUGCCAAUCACAGACAGCCUUGAUCCGUUGCGCUUGCUUACUGACGACACACAAAUAGCUACAUGGCAAAAUGAAGGGCUACCGAGCGAUCGAAUGUCCAUCGAAAACGCUACCAUACUGAGCAACUCUGAUCGCUGGCCCUUAAUGAUCGAUCCUCAACUCCAGGGAAUUAAAUGGAUCAAGCAGAAGUACGGCGAUAUACUCAAGGUAAUACGGUUAGGUUCGAAAGGAUAUCUGGAGAUACUGGAAAAGGCACUAGCCAAAGGUAGCACUGUGCUGAUUGAAAAUAUCAGUGAAAAUGUUGAUCCUGUGCUAGACUCCUUGCUUGGAAGAAAUCUCAUCAAAAAAGGACGUGCCAUAAAAAUUGGAGACAAAGAGGUCGAGUACAACCACAAAUUUAGACUUAUCCUGCACACCAAACUAGCCAACCCGCACUACAAACCGGAAAUGCAAGCACAAACCACAUUGAUCAAUUUCACUGUCACUAGAGAUGGUUUGGAAGAUCAGCUGCUGGCGGAAGUCGUCAAGGCGGAGCGACCUGACCUGGAAGAGUUGAAGGCAGACUUAACCAAGCAACAGAACGAUUUUAAAAUUAUGCUCAAACGGCUAGAGGAUGAUUUACUGUCACGUUUGUCCUCUGCCGGCGGCAACAUUCUCGGUGAUACGGCACUGGUGGAAAACCUCGAGACGACCAAAAAGACGGCAGCAGAAAUUGAGGAAAAAGUUACCGAAGCCAAAGUCACCUCGAAGGAGAUUGACGAAGCGCGUGAACACUACCGUCCAGCUGCUGCCAGGGCCAGUUUGUUAUACUUUAUACUGAAUGAUCUUAACACCAUCAAUCCCAUUUACCAGUUUUCUCUCAAAGCGUUCAGCGUAGUCUUCCAGAAGGCCAUCUCAAAGGCCGACGCUGCGGAAGAAGUUCCAAUCCGAGUACGCAACUUGAUCGAUUGCAUUUCCUUCUCGGUGUUCCAAUACACUACGCGAGGACUGUUCGAGUGUGAUAAGCUGAUCUUUAUGUCACAGAUGACGUUCCAGAUAUUGCUGAUAAAUGAAGAAAUUACACCGGCCGAACUUGAUUUCUUGUUGCGUUUUCCCAUCAAACCGCACGUUACUUCUCCAGUGGAUUUUCUCACCAAUCUUGCCUGGGGUGGAAUUUGCAGUUUGGCAUCGAAGGAUGAAUUUAGAAAUCUCGAUCGCGAUAUUGAAACUUCCUCCAAACGGUGGAAGAAGCUCAUUGAAUCGGAAUGUCCCGAGAAGGAAAAGUUCCCCCAGGAGUGGAAGAACAAAACGGCACUCCAGCGCUUAUGCAUGAUGCGCGCCUUACGACCCGAUCGGAUGACCUAUGCCAUGACGGAUUUCAUUGAGGAAAAACUUGGUGCCAGAUACGUCGAGAAUCGAACGAUGGAGUUUGCCAAAUCGUUCGAAGAAACCAGUCCAUCCACACCGAUCUUCUUCAUACUUUCACCAGGCGUUAAUCCACUGAAGGACGUGGAAGCGCUGGGAAAACAGUUAGGCUAUUCUGCCGACAAUGGUAACUUCUACAAUGUGUCACUUGGUCAGGGUCAGGAAGUGGUCGCCGAAGCGGCUAUGGACAAAGCGGCAUCCUCCGGUCACUGGGUAAUUUUGCAAAAUAUUCAUCUGGUUAAAAAGUGGUUACCGGCUUUGGAGAAAAAGCUGGAGUUUUACUCCGAGGGAUCACACGAUAACUAUCGCGUGUUUAUGAGUGCCGAGCCUGCCGCUACCCCAUCCGCUCACAUUAUACCGCAAGGCAUUCUGGAGUCGUCGAUUAAGAUCACGAACGAGCCACCGACCGGAAUGCAGGCCAAUAUUCACAAAGCCCUGGACAAUUUUACACAGGAAACGCUGGAAAUGUGUGGCAAGGAGGCGGAGUUUAAAGUGAUUUUGUUUUCACUCUGCUACUUCCACGCUGUCGUUGCGGAGAGGCGCAAGUUUGGGCCGCAAGGGUGGAAUAAAAUUUACCCCUUCAAUGUAGGCGAUCUCAACAUAUCGGUGUCCGUGCUCUACAACUAUUUAGAGGCUAACACCAAAGUGCCCUGGGAGGAUCUUCGCUAUCUGUUCGGAGAAAUUAUGUACGGUGGGCACAUUACGGAUGAUUGGGAUCGCCGCACUUGCAUCACCUAUCUAGAGGAAUUGAUGCAACCAGACCUGGUCGAUGGGGAACUGUUUCUGGCACCGGGUUUUGCCGCACCCCCCAACACCGACUAUGCUGGCUACCAUGCCUACAUCGACGAAGCAAUGCCUCCGGAAUCACCAUAUCUGUAUGGGCUUCAUCCCAACGCCGAGAUAGGUUUUCUUACUACCACCUCCGAAAAUUUGUUCCGAACCGUGUUCGAAAUGCAACCGCGUGAUGCCGGUUCUGGUUCCGGGACGACCGUGACGCGCGAGGACAAGGUAAAACAGGUGCUGGACGAAAUCAUGGAGAAGCUACCGGAAGAGUUUAAUAUGGCGGAAAUCAUGGGCAAGGUGGAGGAGCGUACGCCCUACGUUAUCGUAGCAUUCCAGGAGUGCGAACGUAUGAACUAUCUUACCGGUGAGAUAAAGAGAAGCCUGAAAGAACUUGACCUUGGUAUGAAGGGCGAACUCACCAUCACGUCCGAUAUGGAAGAUUUGGAGAAUUCUCUCUUCCUUGAUCAGGUGCCUGCAGUAUGGGCUUCUCGUGCUUAUCCUUCGCUGUUAGGCCUCACCGGGUGGUUCGUGGAUUUGCUACUUCGAUUGCGUGAACUCGAAACCUGGUCGGCUGAUUUUGUGCUCCCCAUUUCUGUAUGGUUGGCUGGAUUUUUCAAUCCGCAGUCAUUACUGACAGCCAUCAUGCAGUCGACGGCAAGGAAAAACGAGCUUCCACUCGACAAAAUGUGUUUGCACUGUGACGUGACAAAGAAGCAAAAGGAUGACUUUUCUGCCGGACCCAGAGAAGGCGCCUACGUUCAUGGCAUAUUUAUGGAGGGUGCGCGUUGGGACGUACAGCAAAGUAUCAUCAUGGAGUCUAAGCUGAAGGAGCUGUAUCCCCAAAUGCCAGUCAUAAACAUUCGGGCAUUAACCCAGGAUAAACAGGAUCUCCGAAAUAUGUAUGAAUGUCCGGUGUACAAAACCAGAACACGUGGACCAACGUAUAUUUGGACGUUUAAUUUGAAAACCAAAGACAAACCAGCCAAAUGGACGCUAGCUGGAGUUGCUUUACUGUUACAAGUUUAAAUAUAUGUUUG